AGCACGAGGGAGUUUGCUGGAGAACCACACAUAUUCUUACUGGAUUUAUUAACUAGUAGAACAGUGAGGCAGCACACCAAUAUCAGACACUGUCAGAAGUCUAGGUCGUAGUGGAGCUGAGCUGAAGUGAGCUGACAGCACUGAAGACAGGGGGCAGGACGGAGAGGGCUGAGAGGCUUGAUACACAGAAGACAUCAGAGUGAAUUACAAAGAAAUAAGCUGAGCUCCUGAGAAUUACUCACCCUGAGCAUUUUGGGUUUUGGAAAUGAAGACAUCAAAAAUAACAAAUGGACCAGCCUCAGGGCAGGAUCAUGCCCAGUCAUAUAAAACUGGAAGUGAUGCCCCUGUCAAGAAAAGAGCUGGUAUCAGAAAAAAAUCGAAGAUUCCAGGGGUUAUGAUAACACAGUACACCGAAGACAUCCCAAAUGGAUGCAGCACUCCAGACUUCGAGCGCAAACCCAUCGCAUUAACGAUUCAGGAAGGUAAAACGGCUACAUUCAAGGCAGUUGUGAAGGGGGAGCCCACACCAGUGGUUACCUGGAAAAGGGCUAAGGGCAACAUGGAUGACCCAAAUAAAUUCAAAAUGACAUAUGACAGAUUCUCCAAUGAAUAUGUGUUACAGGUAGUCCAAAUCACUGGGGAUGAGGCAGACACCUACAAAUGCUAUGCUACCAAUGAUUAUGGAGAGGCUGUCUCCACUGCCACACUCAUUGUUAUUGAAGUUGGAUUUAAGAAAAAGAAGAAGCCCCAAGAGCAGAAAGAAUCAACAGUGACAAAGGACCCAGCAGAGUUCAGGAAGCUGCUCAGGAAACGUGUUAAAGAUGAAGUCAAAAAAGAAGAGAAAGUGAUUGAUGGAAAAGUGUGGGAUAUCCUGCUGAAUGCUGACAAGAAAGACUAUGAGCGCAUCUGUAUUGAGCAUGGAAUCACUGACUUCCGAGGAAUGCUCAAGAGACUGCAGGAGAUGAAGAAAGAGAGAGAGGAGGAGCAAGCAAAGUACCUUGAAACCAUUAGUAACCUGAAACACAUCGAAGUUAACUCAGAGGGCUUAGCGGAGUUUGAACUUGACAUGGACCUGAAAGACCCCAGCAGCAGAAUUUUCCUGUAUAAGGAUGGAAUAAUGAUUCCUUAUAGCAAGGACAUGGAAAUGAAGCACUCCCUGAAGCAAGCUGGAAAGAAGUACAUCUUUUGCAUUAAAGACCUCGGACCUGAAGAUGCUGGGCUGUACCAGGUAGAUGUUGAAGAAGCCAAUGUCUUCUCUACUGAACUGCCAUUUAAAUUUAUUCCUGUCCAGUUCCUCUGCCAGCUUCAGGAGGUGCGUGCCAAGGAACGUGAGGAUGCUCUCUUUGAGUGUGUCCUCUCCCAGCCACUCUUCAGGGCAGUGUGGAUGGGCAAGAACACUCCACUCGAGAAUAGUGACAAAUAUGAAAUAACAGUGUCUGAGGAUGGACUGAUUCACAGACUGCUUGUGAAGGAUGUCAUGCCUGUUGACAAGGGUAUCUACUCCAUAGUGGUUGGCAUAAAAUCUUCCAGUGCUUGGCUAGUUGUGGAAAGUGAUGAAGAUGACAGUCCAAGUGCCCAUGGCAAGAAGAAAGCCAGAAAAACUACCCGAGCUGGUGGGGGAGGGACUAUGAUUGAGAGUCUAGCCAGAGAGCAAGCAGAAAAGCUGAAAAAACUGUGGUAUAAGGCUGAGGAAGAGACUGGAGCUGGGCAAGGGAAUGAUCCUGGACCUGGAGUAGGUUCUGGCACUGUUGCUGGAGCUGGGGCAGGGCUAGGGGCAGGUACAGGGGCAGGGAUCAGUGCAGGGAGGGAAGCAGGUAAAGGUGCAGGGAUAGGAGCAGGUUCAGAAAGAGGGGAAGGGCAAGGGGCAGGACUGGGGGCAGGUGUAUGUGCAGGGGUAGGGGCAGGCACAGGGGCUGGGAACCAGAACCUAAUUAAUGGGUUAGAUGACAACAGGGGAAAGGGAGGAGUAGGGCAAAGGAUGGGAGGAAAAGGAGUACUAGGGGUAACUGAGGUGGGUGGUGACCAAAGUGAAGGAGAUGGCAAAAGAGGAAAGGGAGAGCUAGUGGAUGGAAUGGGAAAUUUAGGAGGUGGAAGUGGAGGUUUAGGGGGGUCUGGGGCAGGACAAGGUGGCUUAGGAGAAGGAGAAGGUGAUUUACAAGACAGUAAAGUAGAGCAAGGGGGAUUAGCUGAUCGGCAGGGAGGAUUGGGUAGAAAAGAUAGACAGCUGGGUCAUGGCCAAAGUGAAAAAGGAGACCUUGGAGAUGGAUCAGGAGCUGGCAAAGGGUGUCCAGGAGAAGAAGGUGGAAUGGGUACUGGGGAUUGGUCUGGAAUGGACUCUGGAUUAGAAGGGGCCAGGCUAUCAGGAAAUGGAAGAGGAGAGGGUGGCAACUCAGGGCUUGGUGGUACUCGAUUAGUAUCUGGGGAUGAUGGCAGAGGACUCACAGAUGAGCAAAACAGGAAAAAAAGACAUGCUGGACGUGGGCCGCUGAUUGAGGACACUAUUGUUGAACCUGGAGUUCACUUCACCUGUGGGCUGUCAGAUGUGCAUGCCUGUAAAGGGCACCCUGCUGAGCUUGUGUGCAAGCUAAGCAGUGACCAAUCAGAGGGAAUCUGGUUUAAAGAUGGAGAGAAGCUAUCACCCAAGGAUGGACUGUCUAUUUCCAAAAAAGGAGCUAUCCAUAAGCUAAUCUUGUCCAAUGUUCAGGACUCUGAUGCAGGGAAAUACAAGUUUGAAGCAGAGGGACGAAAAACAGAAGCACAUAUAGUUGUUGAAGAUCCUCCUGUGCUGGACAAAGAGGAGCUCCAGACGUUUUCGCAGCCCGUGACUGUGAAGGCUGGGCACAACGCCGUGUUCAAAAUACCAUUCGAAGGGCGGGAGCCUUUCAAGGUCUCUUGGUUCAGAGAUGGCGAGGAGCUUCAGGAUGACGUCGGUGUGAAGGUGGAAAGAGGGCCCAACCACAGCCGCCUGCUCCUCAGCAAGUGCCAGCGCAAGGACAGUGGAGACAUAAAGGUCAAGGUCAAGAACGAGAGCGGUGCUGUCGAGGCCAUGACCAGGCUUGUUGUUCUUGAUAAGCCCACCCCUCCACAAGGUCCAGUGGAGGUGCUGGAGAGUUCACCCACACGCAUCGGGAUCAAGUGGAGACCUCCGCGGGACGAUGGUGGCUCCCCAGUUCUGAGUUAUUCUUUAGAGAGGCAGCAGGUGGGGCGCAACACUUGGUUGAAGUUGGGAGAAGUCCCUGGUACCACCACCACCUUUGCCACUAACCAAGUGGAGCACGGCAAGAGAUACAGCUUCAGAAUCCGGGCACACACAGCAGAGGGUGUCAGCAAUGUGCUGGAGACUGAGACUGGAUUUGAAGACCAGGGCAUUCAUUCAUCACAUUCAUCCUGCCUGAAACUUCUCCUGUUCUUAUUGACAAUAGUCCUGCUACAGUAUUUAUUUUUGUUCAUGACAGCUUACUCCAGCCCCCCAGCUCCUCCAAAAGUGAUCAGUGCUACCUCCAAGUGCAUCACUGUGUCCUGGGUACCCCCUCACAAUACGGGGGGGAGUCGUAUCACUGGCUACAUCCUGGAGAAACGGAAGAAGGGAAGUAACAUCUGGAGCCCUGUGUCAGACAUGCCGAUUACUGAGAAAAAAUUUACAGUGAGGGACAUUGUUGAGGGGCAGCAGUAUGAAUUCCGGGUGGCUGCAGUCAAUGCAUCCGGGAUAGGAGAGCCCAGUGUUCCAUCAGAUUUUAUAUUUGCACGAGAUCCCAUGAAGCCACCUGGCAAAGUUAAAGACCUGAAGGUGACAGACUCUACGUAUAACUCUUUGUCCCUCUCCUGGGCUAAACCCAGCGAGGAUGAUGGAGAUGUGGCCAAAGGGUACUACGUGGAGGUGAAGCCAGCUGAUGGCCAAGCUUGGGAACGUUGCCAUACAGCCCCGCUCAGCAUGAGCUCCUACACGAUUAAGGGCCUUAAAUCCAUGGCCAUGUACUUUGUAAGGGUGGUCGCCAGCAACAACGGGGGUGACGGGGAACCACAAGAGCUGGACAACUACGUCCUCGCCAUGCCCCCUCCAGUGAGGCCUCAUUUCCUCAUUGAUUCCAAAUUUAAGAGUUUUAUUGUAGUGAAAGCUGGAAACACAGUCCGAGUCAACAUGAACUUUGAGGCUUCUCCUAUACCAGAGAUUGUCUGGCUGAAGGAUGGCAUUCCUGUGUCCAAACGGGCCACUAUUACCAACUCUGAUGGGGUGUCCCAGCUACUCAUCCCCUCCUCUGAACGCUCUGACUCAGGAAUCUACACCAUAAAUGUCAAGAACUGCAUUGGUCAGGAAUCAUUCAGUGUCGAGAUCAGAGUCACAGACGAGCCCAAGCCACCAGGACCAGUGCAGCUGGAGGAGAAUGUGUCUGGAACAGUGACGGUGUCCUGGGAACCUUCACCGGAUGAAAAACGGGACAACAGGCUACACUACAUGGUGAUGACACGAGAUUCCAGCAAGCUGUCCUGGCAUACAGUAGCAGAUGACAUCUUCAACAACAAGUUCACUGCUAUCAACAUUGUCGCUGGCCGCUCAUACUACUUCCGGGUGUAUGCCAAGAACGACAUGGGCCUCAGUGCGCCCUCUGAAUCUUCAGCCUGGGAGAUAGGCAAAAAGAAAGAUAAGCUCACAGUAAAUGUGCCCAGGUAUAAGGAAAAAGACCACAGACAAGCACCGUAUUUCAUCGUUCCUUUAAAGACGCAUUUUGUUCCCCGUGGAUAUGAGUGUCACAUGAGCUGCGCCGUGAGGGGAACCCCUAAGCCACAUGUCACCUGGUAUCACAACAACAUCAGCCUCAACCACAAUGCCCACUACCUGGUGUCCAACGUGCAUGGCGUCUGGUCAUUGUUCAUCAUAGGAGUCAGCCCCAGAGACAGCGGGGACUACACUGUCGUCGCAGAGAACAGCCUGGGAAGGGCAGAGUGCUCCACCAGACUCACAGUCAGAGAAUAAAGUGGAAAGGAAAGCAAGCAGAUGUCACAGACUGCCUCUGUUAUUUUCCAAUCUAUCAUUUCCUGGAAUUCCUCUCAAAUUUUGUUUAAGUUUUGUGUAAAAAUUCUUAAGUAUAAUUUGUAUGAGCAAAAGCAAUAACUUCUGCUACAGGCUAAAGAAUGGAUUUUAUUUUCCCAGUAGUGCAUGUACAGUACCUAGUGGAUGUCAGGAAAUCAGUAGACUCCCGGCCUGCAGUGCAUGAGAUGUGCAGUGUGUGUGAUUGAGUCAGUUUGUUAGGGUAUUCAAAGUCAGCUGAUGAUUCCAAGACAUUAUUUUCUGCUAGGACCUUAUUCGAAUGUCUCCAGCUUUUCUGCAGCUUCCAACAUUAGAUACAAAAACACAAUAAAAAAAAUGUAAAUCUAAAAAUAUUUUCACAAAUUUGAUUAGCAUACAGUAUCAUAGGGUAGAGUGGUGGUACUGUGGCUAAGGAUCUGUGCCUGUGGCUGGAAGGUUGCUGGUUCAAAUCCCAUGACUGGUAGAGGAAUCCUACU